AUGCUCCGACAUCCUGCUAGUGCUGUUCGAAGUGGUCUUCGUCGAAAAUUUGAGCCAGAUUGGCUGCACACCGUGAACAUGUACACUUUAACCUCGGCCUUGUUGAGCGCACGGCUGAAUUUGAUCGAUCCUUCCUUCGUAGCUUGCUGGGGCUACGAAACCGCGACUGCAGGACUUAGUGAUCUUUUAGCUUCCAUCGGCGCACGACAACACCCAGCAGAUUUUGACAAAGUGAUGGACAAUCUCUUUCAUCCCAAUUCGUCGGAGCAAGACAGCACGGGGAUGCACGAAGUGCAUGAAGCUUUGCAGACGGCAGUUGGGAUUUACAAUGAACUUCGUGGCGCCAACUGUGGCUGCAACGUGAAUUUCUUCUUGGUGAGCAUGCCUGCGGGCCCUGCGGGGCAGUACAAUGACCACUACUGCGAUGCCAACUGCGUCGGCGGAAAUUGCUGUGCAGAGUUUGACAUCAACGGGAUGAAUGACCACGCUUUACAGAUCACAAACCACAACUGCUAUGGAACUCCCAGCAAGGGCAGCUGCGAUGGCGAUGGCAAUCCCAUGAUGAGGUUUGGUCCUCCGGAGUAUGGCCCUGGCAGCUGGUACACCAUCGAUACCACGAAGCCCUUCCAAUUUGCAUUGCAAAUCAGCGAGGAGCUCCGAGAACUUGGUUUUGAUUUGGACAAUGGUCCAGGCAGUGAAGGAGUGGCCAAGAAGAAGGAAGAGAGGCAUCUUGAGGCGAAGGAGGACCAGAAGAAGGAAGUGAGGCAUCCCGAGGCAUCGAAGGAGAGGAGUUCGAAAGAAAGGCACGAGGAGAAGGCAGCCAGGCCUUCAGAGGCAUCCAAAAGUCACCCAUCAAGACCUGUUUUUCACGGAGGUCAGGAGAUCGAGGCUGGUGAAGGUUUGAGCAGAGAAGAUCGAGAGAAGGCCGCGAAGAGUCUGGCUGCAAAGAAGUUGCCAAGUCCUCCCGCUCGAGCCCGUGAUCGUUCUCCAAGGCCGGAGGUGAGAGUGAAGAAGGAGGAAGAAGCUCCAGACUACAGCGAAGAGGAGUGGCCUGUAGAGGAGCCUGGCGUUCGGGAGGUUUGCAGUCAAUCUCCUAGCCGGGAAGACAAGAAGGAAGACUACGAGGAGAGCCCCACGCCCAAGAAAAGGAAGCAUCGCCAUCGUCGAGAUAGGUCCCGAGGUGAAGGAGGUGAGACGCCCGAGAUCCCCAUCACGGCCACCGCCACACUGGAAAGGACCAGCCCCUAA